AUGUUUGUAAACAAACUUUCUAAAGUACAAUUUUCCGAUCAACAGUUAGAUGACUAUGUUUUGGAAAAUUCUGUUCUUAAGAGUAAACUACAAAGUAAAAAUGAUGCACUAUCUAUUAUGAGUAAAGAAUUGGAUAAAUCUUGCAUGGAACGAGAUAGGUUUAAAACACUAGUUGAACAGUUAAAAUGUAGCAAGAUUGUGAUAAAAGAUACUAUGCAUGUUAUAAAUAAAUAUGCACCUACUAAUACAAUCAGUGGAGGUGAAAUUCUAGCCAAAACCAAGGAGCACAAUAAUCUGUUAAAGUUGGAGGUGGAAACAUUAAGAAGCAAACUUGAUGAUGCUAAUGGUGAUAUAUUAGCAUUGAGGAAACAGCUGCAAAAAAACAGGACUUUGGACAACAUCGGUGAAUGCAAAUCUGCAUCUCCAGUAGAAAGUAUAUACUCUCUAUUGGAAUAUGAACAACUAGUACAAGAACUUGAGAAAGUACAAAAAAAGUGUAAACAAAUGCAAAUGGAUUAUAGAGCUACCCUAGACGAAAAAGACGAGUUAGUUUCUGACCGUGACUAUUAUAAAAACAAAGUACAACGAUUAAACCAUCAAAUAAGUUUUCUGUUAACAAACAGAAUGAAGCAAUCUUUAGACAGCAAUAUAGCAAAACCUGUGGUUGAUAUUGAUGCACUUGUUAUGGAAAAUAAAUAUCUCCAUGAAAGUAUUACACAGUUACAAGUAGAGAAAGAAAUAAUGAAACGAACACUGAAUAAGUAUAAGACCUUGCUUGAUAGUAGAAGCAAAAAUGAUACUAUUAAUUUUCGAAAAGGAUUUGCAGAUGUCAUGACUCAACAACAAGUUCGAGAAUAUUUAAACUCUAAUACAAAAAGUGGACUAAAAAAAUCCUCACUAACGGAACUGAAAUCUCUUUGUUUGGGAUUGUUUGAAGCAUUAAAUGAUAAAUCCAUAGCACUGCAACAUCAACGAAAGACAAACCAGGUUUUAGCCAAUAGAAUAUCUGAACUAGAAAAAACCAUGGAGAGUUGGUGUAACGGACAAAAGUGUGUACCAAUAUUCCCCUCACAGAUGCUAAUGGAAGAAUUUUUAAAUGACUCAAGGUCCAUAAAAUCUGAAGAUAGAGAAAAAGUUGAGCGGGAACCAUCUGAUAAUUAUUUAGAUAGUGAAGAGGGGAACAUAAAUGGUGAAAGUUUUACCAGCGAUAGAUGUAUAUCAAAAAUUGUCCUGCCAGAAGAUCUUCAAGAGUUAGUGAAGGAAGCUCUUGCUGAAUUAAAAGCAUAA